AUGGCUGAAACACGACCCGACCACGAUAUCAUCAUCGUGGGAGCUGGCAUAUCCGGCGUCAAUGCCGCCUACCGAAUUCAGACACAGCUGCCGGCAGGCACGACAUACAAGAUUCUAGAGGCACGCGAUAACCUGGGCGGUACUUGGGACCUCUUCAAGUAUCCCGGCGUCCGUUCCGACUCGGAUCUACAUACCUUUGGUUUCCCGUUUCGCCCCUGGACCAAGUCAAAUGCUAUCGCCGACGGUCCCUCUAUCGUCGAGUACAUCAAGGAUACAGCCGCCGAGUACGGCAUUGACCAGCAUAUCUUAUACCGCCACAAGCUGUCGUCAGCAAAUUGGUCGUCGGACUCCCAGACAUGGUCAUUGGACGUCGACGGAGAUGGCACGCAGAAAAGGCUGAACUCGUCGUUCUUGAUCAUGGCCACUGGGUACUACGACUACAACGAGCCGCUCCAGACGACUAUUCCCGGUCUCGAUGGUUUCAAGGGUACCAUCGUGCACCCGCAGUUCUGGCCUGAAGACUUGGACUACUCCAACAAGAAGAUGGUCAUUAUUGGCAGCGGUGCAACCGCCAUCACGCUCCUUCCAAACCUCGCAAAGAAGGCCUCCCAUGUCGUCAUGCUCCAACGUUCGCCCAGCUACGUCGUUGCCCUCUCUUCCGUCAACCACCUUGAUCACGCCAUUCGCUCUCUUCUCCCAAGCUGGAUUGCCAAUACCCUCAUCCGGUGGCGUUUUCUCGUAACAGCUUACCUCGUCUUCCACUUCUGCCGUGCCUUUCCCAACGUCGCUCGCAACCUUCUCCGCAAGGGCACUGUCUCGCAGCUCCCCAAGAACGUUCCCCACGACCCGCACUUCGAGCCCGCCUACAAUCCCUGGGAGCAACGCCUGUGCAUAUGCCCAGACGGCGAUUUCUACACAGCGCUCCAAGAAGGCAAGGCAUCAAUCGCAACCGGCCACAUCAAGACGGUCAACGACCGCAGCAUCGAGCUCCAAGACGGGUCGCGCAUCGACGACAUCGACACCAUCGUCACGGCGACGGGGCUGAAGAUCCAGCUCGCGGGCGGCGCCGAGCUGCGCGUCGACGGCGAGCGCAUCGAGCCGGGCAAGAAGUUCCUCUGGAAGGGGCUCAUGAUGCAGGACGUGCCGAACGCGGCCUUCGUCAUCGGCUACACCAACGCCUCGUGGACGCUGGGCUCGGACGCGACGGCGCAGCUCGUGACGCGCCUGAUCGGCCACAUGCGCGCCAAGGGCAUCACGAGCGCCGUGCCGCGCAUCGAGAGCCCCGAGGACCUGAAACCCAUGCCCGUGCUGGACCUCAGCUCGACAUAUAUCCACAAGGCCGAGGGCGUGCUGCCUAAGGCGGGCGACAAGGGCCCGUGGGUGGCGCGGAAGAGCUACUUCACCGAUAUCUGGAAUGCGAAGUUUGGCGACAUCAAGACAGGCUUGCAGUUCUGCAGGGUCUCGACAUGA